UCCGCUCUUCUCGCAAAACCUAAACAAAAAAGACCAUCUCUUUCCUCUGUUUUUUUCAAUCUGCAUGCCUUAACAUAACCCUUAUACAACAAGGAGAAAGGAGAAAAUUUUGUAAUUUUCUCCAUUCUCAAUCACAGAGAAGCUCCAUUAGGCAAUAUAGCCAAUGGCAGCUCCUACCUAUCUCAAUCGCUUUACAUUCAAGAAGCUACCUUUAACUACCGUUCCUGUGCCUUUGCUAAUUCAUGGCUUAGUUGGUUUCUUCUUGUUGUACAUAAUCUUUGAUUGGGGAAGAAAAUUUAUCAACUUUUUGUCCCAAGCACAAAAUUCUAAAAAAUCCACCAAAGUUGGUCCAUCAGACCACCUGGAAAAAAACAAGAAAACAACCCCUUAUAUGUUAGUUGAUGGAAGCUUAUGCAGAGAAGAGGUAGAGAUUAUAAUGGCUAAAUUGGGAAUUUUUUGCCACCCUGAAGGUGAAAAACUACAGGAGAGGUUUGAUUUAGACAAUUUAUAUGACUUGUUUGGAGAAGAAGAAGAAGAAGAAGAAGAAUAUAAUAAUAUGCAGGAUUUAGGAGAAGCUUUUGAUGUAUUUGAUCAGAACAAAGAUGGUUUUAUUGAUGAAAGGGAAUUGCAGAGAGUGCUGUUUGCUCUUGGAUUAAAGCAAGCUGCAGAAUUGGAAAAUUGCAGAAAGAUGAUCUUGGCUUUUGAUGAAGAUGGCGAUGGCAGGAUCGAUUUUGAGGAAUUCGUAAAAAUGAUUUAAUGAUUUUUGUUAAGCUUAAUUUUACUGGAUUUUAUUCUUUUUGCCUAAACAAGAAAAUAUUAUAAUUACCAAUGGCUGAUCCCAUUCUUUGUUGGAUAUGUUUUUUUUUUUUCCCUUUUGGUAAUAGUUUUAUUUUUUAUGAAA